CGGCUCUACAGUCAGCCACACACACUCCCAUGUUGGACCACUGGACAUCUAAAUUGGUGUAGCUGAUUUGGGUGAAACGGAUUUUCAGCCGACGAAAAGGAUUUGGACACUUUUACGCACCAGUAUGGCUUUCCCUGAGAAGAGUCAGCAAUAACUGGGACCGUAGCAGACUCCAGACAUCUUAUCGAGUUAAAACGAUUUAAUUACACUGAAAAGUUUGUGUUCUCUGUGAAACUAAAUUCAAGGGUUGUUUGUCAUUAGUUUAAAUAAGAAAAAAAAUGUCCGGCGAGGAGCACAGCCUGUCCGAGGCGGAGCUGAGUCCCGGUGGGUCAGAUGAUGGUCACUCACUGUCUCCGACUCAACCCGGAGCGCCACCCGGCCAGGACUCACCUCUGACAGGACCGCCGCCGCAGCUGACCGCUCUGUGUGUCGCGGGGGAUGACAGAUCCAGAGGCAAAUCAGACGAAGAGGACGAUCGCUUUCCCAUCGGCAUCAGGGAGGCGGUCAGUCAGGUGCUCGAUGGAUAUGACUGGACUCUUGUGCCUAUGCCGGUGCGCGUAAACAACGGAAACAAAGCGAAGCCCCACGUCAAACGGCCUAUGAACGCCUUCAUGGUGUGGGCACAAGCGGCGAGGAGGAAACUGGCCGACCAGUACCCCCACCUGCACAACGCGGAGCUGAGCAAGACCCUGGGAAAACUGUGGAGGCUACUGAACGAGAACGACAAGAGGCCAUUCAUCGAAGAGGCGGAGAGGCUGAGGAAACAGCACAAGAAGGACUACCCGGAGUACAAGUACCAGCCCCGGAGACGCAAAAACGGCAAACUAACGAAUGCUGGUGAGUCUGAUAGCCAGGGGGAAGGGGAGGCCAGCCACUCCCAGUCACAUUACAAGACCCUGCAUUUGGAGCACAACGGUGGGGCUGGGUCUCCCCUGGGUGACCUGCACCACCACCACCAUCACCACCACCAUCCUGCUGGUCAGGGUCACAGCCCGCCCACGCCCCCCACCACCCCAAAGACAGAGCUCCAGUCUGGGAAGCUGUCAGAUGGAAAGAGGGAGGGGGCAGCAGGAGCAGCCGGAGGAUCAGGGGGGUCCAGGGGAGCACUUGGGGUGGGAGCUGAAGGUGCAUCCGGUGGUCCCUCAUCAUCAAGCGCUAAACCCCACAUCGACUUUGGCACAAUGGACAUCGGUGAGAUCAGCCACGAAGUGAUGUCCAACAUUGAGCCAUUUGAUGUGAAUGAGUUUGACCAGUACCUUCCUCCAAACGGCCACCCACAGAGUGCGACUGGGGUCCCAACAGCUGGAUCUUCGGCCUCGUCUUACGCAUAUGCCCUGGCUGCUGCAAGCGGGCACUCUGCCUGGCUCUCCAAACAGCAGCAGCAGCCUCAGGCCUCUCCGUCUUCCUCUGACCCUUCCAAAGCCCAGAUCAAGAGUGAGUCUGCAUCUGGGAGCCACUAUGUCGAGGCCUCGUCCUCUCCCUCCUCAGGCACCCAUGUCACCUAUACCCCGCUCAGCCUCCCUCACUACGGGUCUGCUUUCCCCUCGCUGGCCUCCAGGGCUCAGUUUGAGUACGGAGAGCACCAGGCCCCCGGGGCGUACUAUGCCCACUCCAGCCAGGCCCCGGGGCUGUACUCAGCCUUCUCCUACAUGGGCCCUACACAGAGGCCUCUGUACACUACCAUAGGAGACCCCUCCAGCGUGGCCCCCUCCCACAGCCCCACACACUGGGAGCAGCCUGUUUACACCACACUCACAAGACCUUGAGGGAGACCAGCUGAGCAGAGGGAAAUAUGGGA